CGCCUCCAGGCUUCCUAUUCGUACCGGUUUAUAUACCCGAGUAAGCAUGAGCACUAGGCGUUUCCUCUCGACCAAUCAUAACAGAGUAUUAAUCAAGCGUUCUUUUUGAAAUUCGCAACCGAGUCACAUGUGAACACAAACCUCUCGUCAAACAUUCUAAAAGGCGAGUUAUAUCCUAAAAUGUAGAUAUUUAUAUCACCCAAAAAUACUGGAAAAUCAGAGGCAUAGAAUCAAUACUUCAGAUUAAAGGCUUAGAACUUGGAAAAACGAAGAUCGCAAGCGAAUUUCUGAGGAGAAAGUCGUUUGGAAUUAUUGUUUUUUAAAUUUAAACUGCAAGUUUUCUUCAGCUGAUCGUGUAGAGUUUUCGCUGUUUAAGUAGGAUUUUUAUACUUUAGAUUGCUAAUAGGAGAGUCUAAAGUACCAAGAUGGUUUCAAGCUCAAGAAAUCCGACCAGUUUGAAGGCUAAAGGAGGAGAAAAACACAACGAGCAAAGCAGUAACAUGAAAGUUGUCAUUCGCGUUCGUCCUCUGAAUGAACUCGAAAACACUGAAGCAAAUGGAAGCGUUAUCCGUGUCAUGGAUCAAAAUGUUCUUGUCUUUGAUCCUAAUGAAGACUGUGAGGCAAUGAACUUCCCUGGAUCUUUCAAAGAAAAGCGAAGGAGUCUACUCCAACGAAGAAGAAGAGAUUUAAGAUUCAUUUUCGAUCGCGUCUUUAACGAGAAUUCAACAACAACAGAGGUCUUCGAACACACGACCAAGAAUAUUAUCGAUGGAGUCUUGAAUGGGUAUAACUGUACUGUUUUUGCUUAUGGAGCAACGGGAGCUGGCAAGACGCAUACGAUGCUAGGAAACACAGAAACCCCAGGAGUGGUGUUCCUUACAAUGAUGGACUUGUAUCAAAGGAUCGAGGAGCUGAAAGAUGAGAAGACUUGUGAUGUUGCCGUCUCGUAUCUAGAGGUGUAUAAUGAAACCAUCAGGGACCUGUUGUUACCAGGCCCUCCCCUUGCUGUGAGAGAAGAUCCUGCAAGAGGUGUCUGUGUCAGUGGGCUGACACUUCACAAGCCAAGGACAGCUCAGGAGUUGCUUGGGAUGUUGGAAUUUGGUAAUAACAACAGGACUCAACAUCCUACCGAUGCUAAUGCCCAGUCCUCUCGAUCUCACGCCGUUUUCCAGGUAUUUGUUCGUCAGAAAGACAGAACAGCAGGACUGCAAGCAAACGUACGAUUAGCCAAGAUGUCGUUAAUCGAUCUGGCAGGAUCUGAGAGAGCUCAUGUGUCGACUAACCGAGGUGCCAGGUUCCGCGAAGGAGCGAAUAUAAACAAAUCAUUACUAGCGCUUGGUAACUGUAUCAACGCAUUGGCUGAUAAAGAGAACAAAGCUGGUCACAUCCCGUACCGUAACAGCAAACUAACAAGACUUUUGAAAGAUUCCCUUGGUGGUAAUUGUAGGACUGUUAUGAUUGCAGCGAUAAGUCCUUCCCGUCUUAGCUACGAAGACACCUACAACACUCUAAAAUACGCUGACAGAGCCAAAAGCAUCAAAGUCAAGCUGUCAAAGAACGUUGUCAGUGUGGACUGGCACGUUAGUCGUUAUGCUAAGAUAGUCGAUGAACUGAGAACUGAGAUUAUAGAGCUCAAAGAUAAAUUGAGUCGGUACGAAGAAGCUGGUAUGGCCACGAAGACGCCUUUGAAAAACGAUAAAAGAUUGCAGAUGGACAGCUUAAAGACAACGUUUCAGAGCAUCAUGAGUGAGAGAGCCAUGAUCAAGAGAGAUAUGGUAGACAUCGAAGCCGCGCAGAGGGAUUUAUUGAUAAAGGCUUACAGAAAGGAGAGAAACCUUGAGAGAAUUCAACUCCUGUGCCUCGACGGAGAACAACGUGAAACGGCGGUGAAAACCCAGAAGAAAAAGCUAGAGACAAGAAUAAUGGAGGCCAAACAAAAACUAAAGCAAAACACAGAAAGUCUUGAUCAAGUGAUAGCAGAAAUGAAAGGUGUCGCAGAAACAAGUAAAGAACUUGAGGAGGAUUUCUUACGCUGCCAGGCCUCUUCGAAAAUGGAGUUGGAAUGUGCAGAGCUUCGUCGCCAGUGCCGUUAUUUUAAGAAAUUCACGCAUGCGCAGGAGAAGGAUGCGCAAAAUACCGAAAGGAUUCUUGCUAAAGUUCUUACAGCCUUCAAGAACCAGUUUUUCCUGAUUAAAGGCGCUGGUCUUGCGACUCGGGAAAUAGACAAUGAGUAUGACUCUAUAGUCAAGUUAGUUACCGGUGGCCGUGAGGUAUCAUGGGCUGAUGUCUCUGAAAAUGACAAUCUGGAUUUGUCUGCCUUGCACUCAAUCACUAAUGAUGCAACGCUUAUCGAGACCACUAAAUUUGAUACUCCCACAACAACUAUCUUCACCACUCUCCACAAGAAAAGCAAUUUAAAACCAAUGACGCCAAGAAACAUCAGCAGGGCAGUUGUCACUCCAAUCAAUCCCGUUGCCAAUAGCAACCAAAAUUCUCCUGAGAUUGAUGAUCCACGUGUUUCAUUGAAUCAAGCAUUCGAGGCUGCAACCACAAGGACAACGACGACACCAUUGUUGCCGCAACGAGGAAAUAUGAACGAGAAAGCAAUGAUGGGUGAAAAUGCACGCAGUACUUCUGUUAAAUCAUUGCUGCUGACGCCAUUACGUGGGCAGGGAGAUCGCCCCAGUAGCGCAACACCCAUAUGUGACAUGCAUGGAUCUGUCACGGGUAACGCAACAACAGAGGGUGCAAAGAAACAUACUACCAAAAUUAAAGCUGCUUGGAUGGACUUGCCGAACCGAACUCACUCUAGUACCUCAAUUGUAGGCAGUAGUUCUGGAGAGCUUAGUAUAUCGGCCUUCCUUACUGCAUCCAAUACACCAAAGAGGGUACCAACAACUGACAUCAUGACUCCACUUCGAGAAAUUUCUGUAAAUAAUCGCAACACAACACAACAGAAUAAUCACUCUGGUGUCCCAUCUUCCUUGGAGACACCCAGCAAACAAGCCAAACUUACAGAGAAGGCACCACACAAAUAUGGCGGGAAACCUCCAACUUCAAUGAUGCCUAAAAGGAUGGCUUCUUCCAAAGAAAAUCUAUAUCCAAAGACCAAGACCUUGAGGAAAGCAACCAGCACCAAUAAUUUGAACACAAACAACUCUUCCAAGGUUCAGAGGCAUGUCAAUGGAUUGAAGCGAGCAAUAAGCUCAUCUGUGUUGAAUAGGCCAAGAAACUUUGCUCCUCGUUCAACGCAAGAGACAUCAAAGCGAGAUCGACCACGCUGGCAGUAGAAGAAUAAGCACGAAAGUGUUGUCCCUAAACCCCAUUAGAUUUUCGCCGUCAUAAAUUCCAUUAUUUUGUAAAUAAGACAUAUAAUUUUAGUUCCAUUUCUGCAAAUUUUUAUUAAGAAACGAUUAACUAGAAACAUCUGUAAGAUUAAAUAGUGUUUGAAAUAAAUGUUAACAUCGAA